UUCCAAGCCCUGAAUCUGACUUCAUAACAUAAACAUGCGAGCACCUGGCGGGAGAAGAUAAAAUGAGCCUGGGAACUCAGGGGUGAAAGUAUAAACAAUUAUAAUUGCUGUAGUGUGGGGGGGAUAGAAACCUUGGUGGAAAUGUGAUCCAGAAGGUGGGGUUUGAUGAUGAUAUUUGCGUGUGAUAUUACGUUGCAUCAGAAGUGAUAAAAUUAGAUGUAUGUAAACAUUAGGUCAUUCUCGACUUUUCCAAAGUCAUGUAUUCUUCAAUAAAGAUUGUGUUUGAGAGCAGCUGUCUUUGAUCUGCGUUCAGACUGGUCCUUUGAAGUAAGCCUGACAUUAAAGUCGAGAAUCCCAUUUCUCACCCUCCUGCGGAAUUCGCAGUGAAGUGAUAAUGAGCGAGGAAGAAGAUCAAAGCCCAAAUGAGGCAGAGAGGCCUUUGCAAGGGGCCCGGCCGAAGAGAGAAGAGACGCUGCAAGCCAUAGCUUCCUCUACGGGGUACCCCAAGCCGAACGGCGUGACCCAGAGAAUUCCCAGGCUCGGAAGAGGCGUCUCUGCAGCUGCAGAAACCAGUUGGGGAUCUGGAGGAAGUAUGCCGGAGACCGUGGCCCUGCGGUUAUCCAUCCUGGAAACUAAUUUAUCCAGGCUGUCGGAAACCGUGGGGAGAUUGGUGCCAUUAUUGGAAGAGAAUCUCCAGAAGGAGGCCAGCCGAUAUGGCGCCGAGAGAGAACCAAGCAAAGAAGGAGAUUGGAGCCAGAGGGGCCAGCGGGCGUCAACGCAGAGCCCCGUGGCGGCAAGGGACGAGGGAGAUGAGGAAUACUGGCAGGAGCUGCAGUUCCGGGACAGCAUGGCGCGAGAAGUGGAGCGUCAGCGAGCCCUGGGGACCCUGAGGCCGCCGUCUCCAACAGAGCUCCCAACCCCCCGAAUGGGCGUCGGGGUGGAAAGGCCACUGGGGCCAGGGAUCGGGUCCAGUGGAUUCGCAGACGAAGGCGGAGAGGAGCGGGGGGUCCAGGAAGAGGAGGAGGAUGUGCCGUACGACGAGGAAAGGCGAGAUGAGGGGGCUACAGCUAGGCCAGUAUGCGGAUGGGCGGAAGAGCCAACAGCGGCGGCAGACUUCCAGGAGCCGCGCAGAAUGACCACCGGAGUGGGGCGCGGCGUGUUCCAAGGAGCCACCCGAGGAAACCUGAUGCAACCCUUCCCCAUGCCGCCCAGACAAUAUCAAAGGGCUGCAGAAUGGAUGCCUAGAAGGGAAGAUCUCAAGCUGGAAUACGGAGGGGAAUCAGAGGAACUGAACUUUUUUCUAAUUAGCAUUAGAGGAUACAUGGAAGACAACGCACACACAUUUCCCUCCGAAGCAAGCAGGGUUCGAGCCAUCGGCAACACACUAAAGCGAGGAGCAGCCAGCUGGUAUGUGCAAUUGCAUGCCAGACGCGACCCAUGCCUGAGGUCAGUGCCCCGCUUCCUCGCCGCACUGGAGAACCGGUUCAGAGACCGGCUAGAGCAAUUGAGGGCUCGAGACCAGCUGAAAGGAAUAAAACAGAGGGACAAAACGGUGCCCGAGUACGCAGAGGAAUUCCUCCACCUCGCGGAAAGGGUACCGGAGUGGUCUGAAGUAACCAAAGUGGAACUAUUUAAAGAGGGACUACGCCCCGAGAUUUUCAGCUGGGCAGCGCACAGAGACGACCCCGAGACGCUCCAGGGAUGGAUUCAACUAGCGGGGCGCGUCGAAUCUACCCUGGCACAAGUAAAGCGCUUCAGGAGCAGCAGCGGCCAGCAAAGACCGGUGGCGAGAGGUCGAGGAGAAACGAGGAAGCAAGAAAGACCCGGAGGGAGGCCGGGGAUUCCCUCCAGAGGAGACGACAACAAACCUAAACCGGGAUGCUUUGUAUGUGGGAAGACGGGCCACCGAGCAGCGGAAUGCUGGGCCCGGAAGGGGGAGCCGCCAAAAGCCCCAAAGCCCAAGCCAGCAACCGGGAGGCGUGCGGAGGAGGAGGUGCAGGCCCCAGAAUCUUCGGAAAGAUUGGACUAUGGUGAAAGAAGAACCGAAGAGGAGGACGAAGAAAACGGGGGCGCCAUGUCAUGGAGCCAGAUCCCAGGGCUGAAUUUCCAAGCCCUGAAUCUGACUUCAUAACAUAAACAUGCGAGCACCUGGCGGGAGAAGAUAAAAUGAGCCUGGGAACUCAGGGGUGAAAGUAUAAACAAUUAUAAUUGCUGUAGUGUGGGGGGGAUAGAAACCUUGGUGGAAAUGUGAUCCAGAAGGUGGGGUUUGAUGAUGAUAUUUGCGUGUGAUAUUACGUUGCAUCAGAAGUGAUAAAAUUAGAUGUAUGUAAACAUUAGGUCAUUCUCGACUUUUCCAAAGUCAUGUAUUCUUCAAUAAAGAUUGUGUUUGAGAGCA